UCUUGUUCUUCAUUCACUCAGCGGCUGAAUACUUAGAUCUACGAAGCACCACGACGCAUCGUAUUCCAGGAUGAAGAUCAACUACAAACGUGCUCAAUCCUAUUGCAUAUGCUUGUGAACACGUCAACAGUUGUGGUGGAUUUCCAUUUUCACAAUACCGCUUGGAAAGGAUUCCGCAAAAGGUUUUCCGAUCAAUUUCAAUUCUGCAGAAAAAAAUAGUUCCUCUAUGUAUUCAUUCCUGAAGUUGUGCCUUUGCCCGCAACUGCGAAUAGAAGACAUUGGUAUUGUUCCUGAUAAAUUUGUCGCGACCUUCACCAGACGCAGACUUGCGCAUGGCAACCGCUCCCGGCAGGUCUGUCCAGCAGGUCGGCGCGGCCGGGGCUGAUGCCGGCGGUGCAGCCGAGAUGAAAAACCGGACGGGCGAUGUGGAGAACCCGAACUCCCACAGCAAACUCGUGGUGUACAAGAGUCGGGUGGCGUAUGUACGGAAGAUAUGUCGCGAGGACGAGUAUCUCUUGCCGCACCUGAGGCAUCCACACCGCGAGCACUUUGAGCACUGCCGGCGGAUAAUCCUGGACAUCAAGGAAUGGUGUAUUGGAACUGUUUGUGAGGUUGAUUUUGGAGGAGCAUAGGAGUGCAACGACCCAUUGUUUCUUAAGUCUGUACCUCUUGGUUUUAUUGCAUAAAGUACGUAGAUCUAGAACUAGUACUAGAUGCAAUAUGUAUCCGGCAUGGUGCUAUCACUGAGGAGGACGAACAUCGAGCCCAAGCACCGCUGUGACGGAGUAUCAACAUUUCCGGACUCCAACUCAGGGCCAAUCCGGCGUUUUGGCACCAAUGGCUGAAGGACGGUGGGCUCCCCGAUGCGGAGGUGGAACCGGACCUGAUUUCCAUGCGGCCAGACCAGGUGAUGAC